GUUUUAUUUUAUUAAUUGUUUACAGACAACUAUAUAUACUAUCAGUGCACUAUACUAGCAUACUUUUUAAAACAACACAAUGGUCAUCAAGUUAUACUUCAGCCCACCGAGUCCACCUUGCAGAUCAGUUUUAAUGACGUUGAACGCUCUGGGGCUUGAAUACGAGAUAGUAGAAGUUAAUAUCUUCGUUGGCGCUCAUUUGGAACCAGAUUAUCUUGCUAUUAACCCAAGAGGUAAAGUUCCAGCUCUUCAUGAUGGAGAGUACAAGAUAACGGAAAGCGCUGCCAUUGCUUGCUACUUGUGCAACAAAUACGAGAAAGACAGCGAGAACAGGCUUUACCCCACCUGCCCACAAGCAAGAGGCAAAGUAGAUCAGUUGUUGUACGCCUUUGAGAACAUAUAUGAUGUUGGAUUCUCAUACAUGAAUGUUCCAGGUGUGGUUUUUGGUAACACUCUGAUCGCACAUGAAAAGUUAGAUGAGUGGAAAAAAUCUAUUCGUCUGGCUGAAACCUUUUUGGGAGACAAGAAGUUUUUGGCAUCGGAUCACGUCACUUUAGCAGAUUUCUUUGGUUGCGCUAUUUUCCUGCUUUUGGAAGUUGGACUCGACUUUGAUUUCUCCGAAUAUCCAAAGCUGAAAGCUUGGUUGGCCAGAGUGAAGGCCUUGAAAUACUUCAGCAAGACCAAUGAUGAAGGAUCGAAGAUUUUCAGUAAAAUAUACAGGGAUGGUCUUGCGAAGAACAAAGCGGCAGCAGAAGCGAAGUAGACACCUCCAGUCUAAAUGUUUUUAAACAUAGUGUAUAUGUAAUCACAUUGUAACGACUUGUACGUGUAUUCGUAGUAAAACUAAUAAAAAAAAUCU